AACAGUGCCACGUCAGCAGCAGAGAGUGCCACAUCAGCAGUCCCGCAGCCCAUGCCUGUGAGCACAUGUUCACUAACAAGUGCCAUGGAGCAGAUGGCAGGGGAAACAGUCGAGGCCUACACGGUACGGAUGCUGAAUAUCAUGGCCGAAGCCAAGCAAAGGGCAGACGCAGCAACAGCCACACAGAAGAAAAAGGAGGAGGAAGCAGAGAAUCAACGUCCGCUUGCAGAGGAACAGCGCCAACAGCACGACGGAGCAGCAGCAAACACUGCUGAUGAGGAACACAGACAACGGCACGAGAAGGUAUUCAAGGAGGAGAGAGCACUACUCACGCUGGCUGUGGAAUGGCGGAAGGAGGCAGAAACCGGCGAAGACAGCAACAGCGGACUCAAGAUCUCGCUGUUGCUCUCCCGUCUUACGGACCUCCUGGCUACUUGCAUUGCACAGCAGGAGGAUAUCCACUGCCUCGACGAGGUCCUCGACGGCCACAAGAAGCCGUCCGCACAGUUGACCAGCCGCGUACAGCUGCUGGAACAACGACCCAUCGCCGCUUCAAGCGCCGGCUCCUCCAACUACGCCGAUCGGCUCGACGUUUUGGAGAUCGACAUCGGGACUCUCAAGACCGGUGUGCAACAACAGCAAGCACCAACUCAACAACUUGAGCAGGAGAUUUGCGCCGCAGCUGCCGAUUUGUCUCCAUACCUCCAUAUGGUGCGGUUGCUUGACGAGUUCGCCGACAUCUUCGAGUCUCCUACUGGUGUGGUGCUGGAUCGGCCGAUCUCCCACGAGAUCAUUCUUAAGGCCGGUGCCGUGUCGCCGAAAGGUUGCAUCUAUCGCAUGAGCGAGGAGGAGCUCGAGAUUUCGAUACGCCCGCACUAUCGCUACAAACCCGCGCUCAAAACGCGGUACAAAUAUUUUGAGUGGGUGGCCAUACCUUUUGGCCUCACCAAUGCCCCGACGACCUUUCAAGCAGCGAUGACCAACGAGUUUUGCACGAUGUUGGACCAGUUUGUGCUGGUCUACUUAGACGGCAUUCUCGUCUAUAGUCGGACCUUGGAGGACCAUCUUGAGCACCUUCGAUGCGUGUUGGAGACGCUCCGUCGCGCCAAGUACAAAGCCAACCGUGACAAGUGUGAAUUUGUCCGACAAGAGUUGGAGUACUUGGGCCAUUUCAUCACACCGGAGGGCAUUAGUCCGUUAUCGGACAAGAUUCAAGUCGUCCAAGAGUGGUCGGAGCCGCGGAAUGUUACGGAUGUUCGUGCAUUUCUUGGCCUUGCCGGCUACUAUCAACGCUUUAUCAAAAACUAUUCGAAGAUCGUGUCCAACUUGACCAAGCUUCAAUGCGAGCAUCGGCCGUUCGACUUCAGUAACGAUGCGCGGGGUUCAUUUUUGGCCCUCAAAGCCGCUUUGCUAUCCGCGAAGGUCUUGCGCAUCUACAACCCGCUUUUGCUGACGCACAUCACUACCGAUGCGCCCGGCUAUGGCAUUGGUACCGUCCUCGAGCAACACAAUGGCGUGGAUUGGCACCCCGUCAAGUAUUUUUAGCAAGGAAGUGUCCGUCGCGCACUCGAUCGACGACGCACGAAAGGAGUUGGUAGCCUUCGUACAAGCGCUUAAGCGGUG